AUGUGUUCAGAUUUUGAACCACUAGGUAAAAGUAGUUUAUUUAAUAUUCUCGGUACUUUUAAAGCAUCGACAAGAAAAUCUUUACAAGGUAUCAAUUACUUUGCAGCUGUAGCUGGAGAAGCAUUUGAUGGCUUACGAAAAAUGAUUGAAGAUAAAGUUAUUCUUUGUAGUGAUAGUGAAGGUCUUGUUGAGAAUUUGAAACGUGCUCGAUUUUAUUUGAAAUCUGAUUAUAAAGUGCACGUAAUGAGAUCGAGCGGUGUUGCUGAUCAUUGCUGUGUUUAUGCAUUAAGCGAUCCAAAAGGGCUAAAUUUCGCUCAAGAGUGUGACCAUGAGCACGAUGAAUCGUGCAUUGAGUGUUCCAAUCUAACGAGCACACUAAAUGAAAUUGAACGAUUGUUUGAGGUAUCAGAAAUGAACGAAGAGUUAUUGAACCGAGCAAUGAAAAAAUUCCGAUCAUAUCGUAAAUCUAUUGAAGCAUGGAAAGCUCACUUACUACGGUCUAUCAAUCAGGACUUGUGUCGAGAAAGUUUACUCGAUAAUCUAUCCAAUAACGAGAUUUAUCUCAAUCUUGAUUGGGCCAUGAAGUUUCUUCCUGUUAAAAGUCGAGAACCACAGACGGAGUUUUUCGGUAAACGAGGCAUCAGUUGGCAUAUUACUGCAGUAAUGAAAACUGAUGCAAGUGUUAAAGACGAGAAUAACACCUUCGAUGGAGACACUGAUGUCUUAGAUGAUAGUCAGCAAAUCAAUGAGCAGGAAAUGACUGAUUUGUCUGACGAAAACAGUGACGAUACUAUUGUCAUUGAUAAGAAAGAGAAACACUCUUUCAAGGAUAAAGUUUUUGUACAUGCUUUUGAUCAGUGCACACAGAACAGCGACGCAGUCGUUACCAUCUUGAGUGACGUUUUACACCGUGUCAAAGAAACUGAUACACAAAUUAAACAUGCAUUUAUAAGAUCAGAUAACGCAGGUUGUUAUCAUUCGGCAAACACACUUGUCUAUGUCAAAAAUCUAUCAGAUAAGACAGGUAUCACAAUCAAACGAAUUGACUUUUGUGAUCCACAGGGCGGCAAAGGUACUUGUGAUCGUUAUGCUGCCGUUAUCAAGUCAAAUGUUCAUAGAUAUUUGAAUGAAAACCAUAAUGUGACAACUGCUUCUGAGUUUGUCGAAGCAUGUCAUUCUCAUAAAGGAGUCAAAGGUGUUUUUGCACUUGACUGUCGAAUUGAAAAUAAUGAAUUGAAAAAAAGUAAGAAGUGUACGAUCAAGCAGAUAGCGAACUAUUAUAAUUUCGAGUAUCAAAGUCAAGGUCUUUUAGUACAUCGCUCAUGAAACAUCGGUUCCGGUCUCUUGAUACCGUAUUCACAGUUGAAUCGUGAUCAACCCAUUUUUCAAUCUAAUAUCUAGUAAAACAGAAGGAUAUGUUCAUGAAUGGGUAGAGACAACAGAGCGACAUCGUGAUGAAGUUAUGGAUGUCGACGACUGUGAUGCACAAGAGGAUGAAUCAUUACAAAACUGUAAUAAGCAAAAGAAUAUAUUGGGUUGGUAAGAAAUUUUCGUCACUUUUUUCGUAACUUUCUAGAACAGUCAAGAAAGUUCUAGAAGUUUCCAUACUAAUGGUAUAUAAAGGGAGUGCAAAUAUCUUUCGAACAACAAUAAAACUAUGGAUAUACAUGCUGAUCUCGAAUUAGAAAUGAAGAUAUCUCGUAGAGAGCUCCGAAUGCUUCUGCUUCAUUAAUUCCGUUUGGGUCACAAAAUAACAGAAACAACAAGCAACAUAUGCCAUACGAUGGACAAGGAUGCGCUCUCCAUUCAUACAGCGCAACGUUGGUUCAAUCGGUUCAAGAACGGUAACGUCGAACUCGACGAUUUACCUCAUACUGGAAGAUCACUAGAGGUGGAUAUGAAUCUCUUAAAGGAGCUUAUCAAAGAAGAUUCUAGAUUGACUACACGGUGUUUAGCAGAGCGCCUUGGGUGCUCUCAUAUUACAGUGGAAACACAUCUGCACGAAUUACGCAAAACGUAGAAAUAUGGAGUUUGGAUACCACAUGAUUUGUCACCACAUUAGCUCCAACACAGAGUUGAUGCUUGUAUGGAAUUAAUGACGUCUCAUCGCAACUACCAAUGGCUUUACAAUCUUAUUACCGACAAUGAAAAGUGGGUGUUGUAUGUUAACCACACGCGCAAGCGACAGUGGCUGGAAGCUGGACAAAAAGGUGUAGCAACAGCCAAAGAUGACCUUAACCAAAAGAAGAUUAUGCUGAGCGUUUGGUAUGGGAGUAAGAGGGAUUAUUCAUUGGGAACUUCUUCCAACUAAUUGCACUAUCACUGCUGAUCUCUAGUGCCAGCAAUUAGACCAGGUUGCAGCAAAACUUCAGGGAAAGCAGGAUAAAAUUUAUUUUUUGCAUGACAAUGCCAGACCCCAUAUUGCAAAAUUGACGCGUGAAAAAUUAUUGGAGCUCCGAUGGGAUACGGUUCCACAUCCAUCUUAUUCUCCAGACUUGGCUCCUACGGACUACCAUAUGUUCCGUUCUCUUUCUAACCAUUUGAAGGAGAAAAAGUUCGACGACGAAAACGACCUGGAAAUGGACCUCCUCAACUUUUUUGGCCAAAAGUCGUAGGACUUCUACGAACGCGGGAUCCUUUCUCUACCAGAGCGUUGGCAACAAGUCAUAGAUAGUAAUGGAGCAUACAUUGUUGAAAGCUAGUUGUAUUCUUGAUAUUAAAAAAUAAAAAUAAAAUUUUCAAAACAACACGACAAAAAUUUUCUUACCAACCCAAUAUAUGAAUGCGAUGUUGAGCAGAGUUGCAUUGCAGAAUUUGUCAAAUUUGGAAACUAUAUCAAUCAUAUACUCAUUGGUAAACAUUGAUGUACAGUUGAAAACCUUUCAUUGAAAGAUACAGCUAUGAAAAUGUAUCAUUCGAAGCUAGAAGAAGUCGGAAAUCAACGAUUAAUGUCUAUUGAUAUGAAGUUAACGGAAGUAAUCCAUGAUGAAACGAGUUCUCUUCCGCAAGGUUGGGCUUUGCCUAUACACAAACCGAACACAAACUUUUCAGAUAAGCAGCGGGCAUAUCUCCAAA